GAAGCCAGUGAACAGUUGGCACAUGUACGCGUAACGCGUGUUGUGGCGUCUCAACUCUCAAUCGUUCAACCAGAGGCGACGGACCAUGUCGGCCAGCGGCUCGCUCCCCGUGGUGGAUCUGGCGCCUUUUUUCACCGAAGCCGACGGCGGCGGCGUCGCCCGCGCCACCGAGGCCGUGCGCGAGGCUUGCCAGACGCACGGCUUCUUCCGCGCCGUCAACCACGGCGUGUCGGCGGAGCUCAUGGCGCGCGCGCUCGAGCUGUCGGCCGCGUUCUUCGCGCUGCCGGACGAGGAGAAGGCCAAGGCCCGGCCGGCCGAGGGGUCCGAGGCUCCCCUCCCGGCCGGUUACGCGCGGCAGCCGGCGCACUCGGCCGACAAGAACGAGUACGUGCUGUUGUUUGAUCCCAAGCUUGGGUUCAACGAGUACCCCGCCGAGCCAGCCGGAUUCAGUGAGGCGCUGGAGGAGUGUUACGCCAAGCUCACCGAGCUGGGGCUGCUCAUCCAGGACAUCCUGAACGAGUGCAUGGGCCUGCCGCCGGGGUUCCUCAGGGACUACAACGGCGACCGCAGCUUCGACUUCAUGGCGGCGCUGCGCUACUUCCCGGCGACAGAGGAGGAGAGCAACGGCAUCAGCGCGCACGAGGACGGCAACUGCAUCACCUUCGUCAUCCAGGACGGCGUCGGGGGCCUCGAGGUCCUCAAGGACGGCGACUGGGUCCCGGCGGAGCCCGUCCACGGCAGCAUCAUCGUCAACAUAGCCGACGUCAUACAGGUCCUGAGCAACAACAAGUUGAAGAGCGCGACGCACCGGGUGGUGAGGAAGCCGGUGCACAGGCACUCGUUCGCGUUCUUCUUCAACAUCCACGGCGACAAGUGGAUCGAGCCGCUGCCGGAGUUCACGGCCAAGAUCGGCGAGGCGCCGCGAUACAGGGGGUUCGUGUACAGCGAGUACCAGCAGCUGCGGAUGAGGAACAAGACGCAUCCGCCGGCCAGGCCCGAGGAUGUCGUCCACAUCACCCACUAUGCCAUCUAGCCUGAGGAAAUGGGUUUCGAACGCAGAAAUAAUGUACGACAGCAACAUGGCUAUGGUCAUCUUGCCGCGCAUAUAUAAGAAAGUACUUUCCUUGAGAAAUUGUUCUCCGGCUA